UACAGCCGACCUUCCUCCCAGGCGGCAGCGCGGGGCGGGGCGGGACGGGGUGGGGUGUGAUGGCGGUCGAGUCGCGGGGGGACGCGUUGAGCGACGGUCUCCUGGAGCUGCUGCGCCCGGGGGUGCGGGAGGUGGACGGGCAGGUGCAGGCCGUCAGGGAGAGUCAGGUGGAGCUGAGGGAGCAGAUCGAUCGACUGGCAGCUGAGCUGUGCCGGGUAAAUGAGGAGCAGAAGGUGUCUCUGGACCUGGACCCGUACGUGAAGAAGCUGCUGAACGCCCGGCGGCGGGUGGUGCUCGUCAGCAACAUCCUGCAGAACGCCCAGGAGAGACUUCGGCGCCUAAACCACAGCGUUGCCAAGGAGACGGCGCGGAGAAAAGCCUACCUGGACUCCGGGAUUUACCUGCCGGGUUCUCCGAGCAAGUGAAGGCCUCCACGUGGACCCCUCAAUCCUGUCGGCCGCUGCACAGGGACCUUAAACAGCGACGGACUGACUUCCCUCUGGGCCUGCUGCCGGGGGAAGGAUUUUCCUACUCGAGCUGAUAUUUAAAAAAAUGGCUUGGUGUAUCUGCAUCUAAUAGCCACUGGAACGUGUGGACAUACAUAACGAAUCCUGAACCUAACGUUAGGUUUUGGAGUCAAAGAGUUUCAUUUCCCUGCUUCUGUCCCACAGACAGAAGCAUGAAAUCCUUACUUGCAGCAGCACGACAGAAUGUGUUAACAUAGUACUCUGUAAACAAUGUAAUACAUGGGGGAAUAAAAGAACUAUAUGUACACAU